AUGCUCUCACAACUAUGGCGUCAACGCUCCCAGAGCAUUGCACGUUUGAUCAGAGCACACUCUAGAAGACGUUGGUAUGCAACUCAGAAUAAAGGAUCGUCACUGAAUUUUGCAACAGCCACAGCCAGUCCGCUCAGAAAUGACGGAACGGUCGAUAUUAAUCGGAUACCGUUGACUGAACCGAUUCCUGGCCUCUCCAAGGUUGCCUACGCUGGUCACAAACACAUAGAACCGUUCGAUACCAAAUUAACGACACUUAAAAACGGCUUGAGAGUAGCGUCCGAGCCACAUUAUGGUCAAUACUGUACUAUUGGAGUUUCUAUCGAUUCGGGUUGUCGCUACGAAGUGGGAUAUCCGUCUGGUACUUCACAUUUCGUUGAGAAGCUCGCAUUUUCGGUGAGUAUUCUUGUAAAUCAGUUGGGAAUUAUCUUUACAACUUCCUCGUACGCGUCAAAAGAGGAAAUGUUCUCGAUCCUAGAAGUACGAGGUGCGCUAAUCGAUUGUCAGUCAACCAAAGACACGUUCAUCUAUGCGGCAUCGUGCCACGUCGACGGUGUCAGAGAUGUUCUCGCAGUGAUUGCUGAUGCUGUCCAACGACCACUUAUCACACAACAAGAGGUCAUCACUAUUUUUAAUCGCACCCGAAUCUUGUUCGUUGCUUAUUCAUUCAUUUGCAGAUGGACGAUACUCGUAUGA